AUCACCACAGGGAAACAACAGCAGCAACACACAACUAUAUUUGUCACUUCAUUUGCAGAUCUCCACUCGAUACGACGACAUGGACACCUUAAAGUGGCCUUUGUUUUACGGGUUCCUUUGCUUCAGUGUUAUUCAAAGUGAAGCCUCAUCUUGGACAGCAACGAUCCCCUCCUCGGUCAAAGGUCUUCCUGGAUCAUGUGUGGUGAUCCCCUGCUCAUUCAACUACCCAGCUCCACAGACGCCGGUCAUUGAGUUCAUCGGGUUUUGGAAGGACGACACCAACCACAUCUAUCACCCACAUGAGUCCACAAUUCAGGAACAGUAUCGGAAUCGGACGAAGCUGCUGGGAGACGUCAGACACAAGAACUGCUCCCUGAUGAUUGAUCCACUUCGAGAAAGCGACCAGGGGCCUUUUCAUUUCAGGAUUCAAAUGAAAAACUAUGACAAUUUUUCCUACAUAAACAACAAAGUCUCCAUUUCAAUGAUGAAUGAACUAAAGCCCAUCGAAUUCACUGAGACAGGGGAAGUAAAGGAGGGUCAGACGGUGUCAGUCUCCUGCUCCGUGUAUCACUCCUGUCCGAACUUUCCUCCUGUUUUAAACUGGAAUUGCACUGAACAGCAGCAUUUCAGCUCCCAGCAGCUUGACAAAGGCCAGUGGAAGGCGACGUCCACGCUGACCUUCCAAGUGACCAAGGCCGACCACAACAGGCCCUUACUAUGCAGCGUAACGUACAGAGGAGGGAGGAACCAGAAAGACUCCACGACCCUCAAAGUAAAAUAUGCUCCUGAGAUCAAAACUGCCUCUUUGUGUUCCUUAGAGGGGAGUGUGGGAAAGUGUGUGUGCAUCGCAGAGUCCAAUCCUCCCAGCAUGGUCCAUUUUGUGCUCGCCGGCAAAGUCCUGCAAAGCACCAACGUGGAGAAACAUGGCUCACUCACCAUCGGGACUCUGCAUGAAGAACUCGGGUCUUCCAAGUUUGUGAGCUGUGUGGCAAACAACAAUCUGGGCAACGCCAACGUCACGCUCUCUUUGAAUGUGAACGGUAACAUGCAGUAUAUGUUCAUCGGCAUCGGAGCAGGAGUGAUUUUGGUGCUACUUUUAAUAGCAGUGGGAGUUGCUAAGAAAUGUAGGGGGAGACCUGCAGACACAACAGCUUGUACCAUGAACACCAUGAAGGCAGAGAAAGCUGUGGAUCUCCCUCAGUACGCCACAACGAAAAGGCUUCCCCCCAGUUUUGAGGAGGACAGCCAUGAUGAUGUAAGCUGUGGUGGCAUUUAUGCUAAUGAUCAUGUAUACGGCAACAUGGAGGCUGAUGGGGACGAUGCCGUAUACGCCAAUAUGUGAGAAAACAGCUGUGGUCCAUCUGUGUGUUGUCUAUCAAAACAUAUGCUUUUUUUCUGUAUAUAGCACAAUAGUAUUUUUCUCUCCUGUAAUUUACGUGUGUUUCAUUUUUAUUUGAAAAGCUCUGCAAAAUAACCAAAUACUUUAUGCACUUGUACUUGGAUUUGCUAAUUUCUCUCAUCCAGAAUGUUUCCUUGUAUGUCUGAUCAUAUGCUGCAUUGUGAGAAACCUCCAUUAAACUUUGUGAUAACUUA